AGAAGGAUUCCAACAUGCACGUUCCGAUCUUCAUUUUUGUUUUUACAGUUUCAUACAGUUCAGGAUUCAUUUUGGACCAACUUCCACAAGUUGGAACUCAAAUCGAUCAUCAAAUCAACAGACACAUUUGUUAUGGCGACUUAGGUUGUUUCAGUACUGAAGCACCAUUUCGGAGUGCACAGCGACCGAUAGUACUUCUUCCUGACACCCCUGAUAAAAUACAGACAAAGUUUGAACUCCAUACAAGGAGUAAACCAUCAACAGCAGAUGAGCAAAUACUGGAUUAUAAGAAUGUAUCCUCUAUCAGGGCCUCCAGUUUUGAUGGAUCAAAGAAAACGAAAAUAAUUAUUCAUGGCUAUACUCAUAACGGUCACCGACAAUGGCUUCAAAACAUGGCCAGAGCAUUUUUAAAAAAGGAAGACAUGAACGUAAUCAUUGUUGACUGGGGACAUGGAGCAGUACCACCAUACACUGAAGCUGCUGCUAAUACAAGGGUUGUAGGGGCACAGGUCGCUAAACUAAUUAGUGUAAUGGUGGCGGAAGAUCAGUCUGGAAUGGAUACAUUCCAUUUGAUUGGUCAUAGCUUAGGUGCACAUGUUGCAGGUUAUGCUGGUGAAAGGUUGACACACUUGCCAAGAAUUUCAGCUCUUGACCCAGCGGACCCUUACUUUCAAGGAACAGAUAGCAAAGUCAGACUGGAUCCAACUGACGCUGACUUUGUUGAUGUUAUUCAUACAGAUGGUUCCAACAUUUUAAGUCUGGGAAUGGGAGCAGCUCAAGCAAUGGGACACGUAGAUUUUUAUCCGAACGGCGGUUCUGAUCAGCCUGGUUGUCCUGCUGGGCUUCUUUCCAAGAUUACUCAAACAGUUUGGAAUUCUGUCUCGCAACUGGAUCUUUUGGCCGGUGAAGGUUCUGUGGCUUGUAGUCAUGAAAGGUCGUAUAUCUAUUAUACUGAAUCUAUUCUCUCUACCUGUCCAUUUAUGGGAUAUCCGUGUACUAGUAAAGACGAAUUUGCCAAGGGUCAUUGUUUGUAUUGUGAUGGCGGUUGUUCUUACAUGGGAUAUAAUGCUGAUAAGUCAACUUCUCGUGGAAGUAUGUAUCUAAGUACACAAGGUGCACCACCAUACUGCAACUAUCAUUACCAACUGAAUAUAACAGCAAAUAACAGUAUGGACGGGAAAUUGACAGUUGUUCUACAAGGAACAAAAGGAAACACAGAUGCUAUUUCAUUGACGCCAAAAGAAGACGUACUUUCACAUGGCAAUACAAUGACUAAAUUUUUUACAAUUAACAAGGAUAUUGGAAAUGUCACUGCUGUAGCUUUAAGAUAUGAUAAAACAGCAAACCUUUUGCUUGGAUGGGCUUAUCCAAAUGCAUGGUCACUCAUGGGAUUGUCCUUGCUAGAAGCUGAAAAACACCGCAUGGACCAGUUUUGUGCCUAUGGUAAAAGUGUUCAAAAUCAUGGAGCAACGUCAAUGGGGUUAAUGGGAACAUGUUAAAAUCACCAUAAAUAAAACGUCUAGAAGUUACUCAUGUUACUGACAAUAAAUUUUCUUUAGGUCCAAAUAUAUCAUGUUUAUUUUCA